AUGCUCGUGAGUAGCUGCCGUGCUUGUUUCGACCAUUUUGAAGAGGAUGCUCUUGCGGUAGGGAAUGAGGCGACCGACGAGGUGGAGACGAUGGAGGAAAGGGUCGAAGAUGCGGUGGCGAACCAGGACGUGAGAGUUAGGAGGACCGAGGGGGUGAUGGUGGCGUCAGUGCAGAGAGGUGCACGCGAGGACGAGAGGCAUAGAGGAGGAGCCGCGGUAGUAGAAGAAGCGGCACCAAGGGUUGCAGAAGUAUCUUAUUCCUGGAGAUCCCAAGCACCUGGUCCGGGAGAAUGGUCGGCUCAAGCAGAUGAACGGGCGAGGAAUGGCGCCCGCCAGAUCAGGUUUUUGGAACGUGUUAGGAGGUCUGCUCGUCGUGAGACGGAGACGCAGAGAGAAGGGGUGGGGAUGUUGACUGGAAACUUGCAGGGUAUAGACGAGGCUGUGCAGACAUCGGAGGGGGUAUUGGAAGAGGAACGUGCAGGCGUGGGAGUGGUAGGAGAAGAGGAUCUCACCAGCAAUGUGUGGCAGCGGACCGAAGAGGAUGCGGGGUACUUGAAAGUUAGUUUGCCAAGAGUAAAGUGGAAGGCGGUGGAAGAGGCACGGAGAGUGGACGUCGACGACCCAACGGUUUCCGAAGAGGCGCAAAUGAAGGCGGAGGAGGUGGAAAAGAAGAUGGAGGAAGAGAUGCAGGAAAGCGUGGUGGCGGAGGCGAGGAUGAUAGCGGAUGCAGAGACACCGAAGAUCGUGGAGGCGGAGGUGGUGAAAAAGGCGGCGGCAGAGGCGCAGAGGAUCGCGGCGGCGGAGACGAAGAAGAAGGCUACUGCAGAGGCAUUGAAGAUCGCGGAUGCAGAGGCGCAUAAGAAGGCGGAGGCAGAGGCGCAGAAGAAGGCGAAGGCAGAGGCGCAGAAGAAGGCGGAGGCAGGGGUGCAGAAGAAGGCGGAGGCAGAGGCGGCAGCGGCAGAUGCGCAUAAGAUGGCGGAGGGUGAGGCGCAGAAGUACUUGGAGGCAGAGGCGCAGAAGAGGGCGGAGGCAGAGGAGCUGAAGAUCGCAGAGGCAGAGGUGCAGCAGACGCCUAGGGCAGAGGCGCAGAAGAUGACGAAGAAGAAGGUGGAGGCAGAGAUGCAGAAGUUCGCAGUGCAGAAAAGGGCCGAGGCAGAGCUGGAGAAAAAGGCGGAGGCAGAGGCGCAGAAGUGCUCAGAUGCAGAGUCGGAGAAGAUUGUGGAUGCAGAGGCGCCGAGGAUCGCGGAGGCAGAGGCGUAG